AUGGUUUGGUGUAAUCAUCCAAAAUGUAAAAUUGAGUGGUAUCAUCGUGAAUGCGUAGGACUUACUCGAUAUUCAUCAGAUCAGCCGUGGUUAUGCUCUGAUUAUUCUUCUCCCUCAUCUCAUGAUGCUGCUGCUGCUGCAAAACCUUCACAAACAUCAUUUAUAUUUACUUCUUCAUAUUAUGCUUCUCGUAUAUUAUUAUCUAUACCUCAUGAUUUAACUGACACUAUAAAUACCCCUUGGGGUACAAAGGCAAUUUAUAAUCGUGAAUAUCGUUUCAAAAAUCACAAUAGUUCCGACAAUAAUCAUAAUCAUGGCAGCAAAAAUGAAGAUUUUAAUGAUGAUAGUUUUAAAAGUUAUUAUCAUACCGAGGAUUUAACGACUACUUGUAAUUAUUCUUUAUCAUCGUCGUCAUCGUCAGCACCUUCAUCUUUUUCAAAAGAUGAUAAUAAUCACUCGGUAUUUGAUAACUUGAAGAAAAAUAAGAAAUUGCAUGAAAAUAAUAUUCAUCACGACUUAAAAAAUGGUACAUCAGAACUAAAUUGUAAAUGUUACAACAAUACAAAUAAUAUUAAUUUAGAUAUUCACGCAUUAUCAUCAUCACCAUCAUCACAAUUAUCAUCAUCUACUAAUAUGUCUAACACUAAAAUUAACAAUAAUAAUAAAUCAACCGUAUUAGAUACGCCUUGUUUAAAUGAUUUAGAAGAAGGGAACGGUAGCUAUUUUCGUAUUAAUCAAGCAUUAGAUAAAUGUGAAUUUGAACAGCAAGAACCUUCUCCUUGGUCUCAAUCGCCUGCGCCUUCACCUAUUAUCACAUCAGAACUAAAUACCAAUCCUUUUUUUCAAACGAUACCAGAAAUUGACGAAGAUGCAUUUGAUCCUUCUUCAUCGUCUUCAUCGCCAUCUUCCUCGCACUCUGCUACAAUUUGUCAAUCUACUUUUUUAAAAAACAACAACAUCUAUUCCAUUGUGCACAUUCCUCUUAUUCAUCCAACCACCGCAAAAAGUCAUCCCUCUUCAAAUACAAUCCAUUCCCCAGUUCCAAUCGCAAUACUCUCGUUCCUAUCUCCUAUUGUUCCAUUCCCUUCAAUUCUUUUGAAAUCUCUUAGAUCUCUGGCUCCUUUUUUAGCAACUACUCUAUCGACUUCAAUGAUUUAUCAACAAUCCACUAAACAAUUAUCAUCCUAUGCUUCUUCAUUGCGUGAUUACCAACAUCUUAAUCAUAAUCAUGACAAUAAAAGCCAUAAUCGUCAUCAUAGUCGUUGUAACAAUAGCCAACAUUUCAAUUUACCCAGUUUAACCAAUUCAACUAAUAUCGACUCAAAAGAAAAAGAUGGUGUUGAUGUUGAAGAAGACUCUUGUAGUUUCUCGUCUUUAUCUGCAUCAGAUAGUGAUUCUUCUUCAUCUAAAUGGGAAUAUGCCACCAUUUUUUCAAUGACUGAUUAUGAUCAUAUUGACUUGGACGGAAAUAUUAAUAAUGGCAAUAAUGUUAGGGACGAUGAAAAUGUUUAUAACGAUAAAAUUGAUACUUUAAUGAACCAUGAUAAUCAAUCAGGUGUUGAUAAUGACAAUUAUAAUCAAAGCGUAAUUAAUAAUACAAAUGUUACGAAUUAUGACUAUUCAGCUUCGCCAACAAAUUUGGGCAAAUCACCAUCAACUGAAAAUGAUGGUUCAAGGAAUGAUAUUAUUAAUGAAAACAUCAAAAACAGUCCCUCUAACAAAUUUAAAAUUUCUCGUGGGGCUUCAUUACCAACUUAUUAUUCUAAUGAUUAUAAAUGCAAUAAAAAACGUAGGAGACGUAGUUCCUCAAGAAAUUUCUCGGACGCAAAUUUUGCCACAAAAAAUAAAAAUAUUAAUAAAGAUUGUGAUGGUAAGGACUCAUCUAUAACAUGCUGUGACGACAUGCUUCGUAUGAUUGUUGAUCUGACGCCAAAUGUUGUUUAUACUCUUACACCUGGAACAGGUGAUUGUACAUGGGUUAAUAUGCGACUGUUGAAAUAUACUGGUAAGCGUAUCGAUAGUUUGCUAGGUCAUGGUUGGAUAGAGGUGGUACAUCAAGACGAUAGAUCGUCGGUAUGGGAAAUGUGGAAUAGAACAUUUUCAAGAGGUGAAGGCUCUAGUGCCGAGUAUCGUAUACGUAGAUUCGAUGGACAGUAUCGCUGGUUCUUGGGUCGUGCUGGUCCGUUAAGAGAUGCUAGAGGUGUCAACAUUCGUUGGUUUGGAACUUGUACCGAUGUGCACGAUCAAAAAUUAUCCGAGAAACUACAAAGUCGUCAGAUACACAUCGAGGCUAAUGAGAAAAAGUAUCGUUUGUUGGCUGAUGCUAUACCACAAAUAGUUUUCACUGCAACACCUAAAGAAGGUAUCAAUUAUGUCAAUAAGAAAUGGAUUGCUUAUUCUGGUCAGACAGAUGAACAGGCAAAGAAUCUAGGAUUUCUGUCACAUGUUUUUCCAGAGGAUAGAGUGCAUUGUUGUUUGCCAGAGGUGAAGGAUGCACUAGAUGAGAUUGGUCUUUCAUACACCACUGAAGUUCGCUUGAUGAACGCAGAAGGUGAAUACAGAUGGUUUUUGGUUAAGUGUAUUAGUGUAGAAGUAUCCGAACAAGGUAGAAUAUGGUUUGGCACUUGUACUGACAUCAAUGAUCAUAAAUUGGUUGAACAGAAACUUCAAGAAGCUCAUGAUGCAGCUAAAAAAUCAACUGAAAGCAAAACUCAAUUCUUGUCUAAUAUGUCUCACGAAAUUCGAACACCACUUAUAGGUAUUACUGGCAUGAUAAAUUUUAUGCUGGCAACCAAUUUAACAACAGAACAAAUGGAUUAUGCACAUACCAUACAACAAUCAGCAGACGCUUUAUUAUUAGUGAUAAAUGAUAUAUUGGAUUUGAGUAAGGUGGAAGCAGGGAUGAUGAAAUUGGAGAUGGAACCUUUUUUAGUUCGUGAUAUGAUCGAUGAUACCAAUGAGUUGCUUUCUACGUUGGCAAUUCAAAAGGGAUUGGAGUUGAGCUUUAUUGUUGAAGAGAAUGUUCCUGAGGUUGUUUGCGGUGAUAGAAUAAGAUUACGUCAAGUAUUAUUGAAUAUUAUUGGCAACGCGAUCAAAUUUACAUCAAAAGGCGAAGUUUUUUCUAGAUGUUCAGUAGAGUCGUUUUCAAAAACCGAUGAUGGUAAAAAUGAAGUGAUGUUAUUGUUCGAAGUUAUUGAUACUGGCGAGGGUUUUGAUGCUAUGGCAGAAGCAGUUAUGUUUAAACCAUUUUCGCAAGUUGAUACUUCGUCAACUCGAAAACAUGAUGGUAGUGGAUUAGGUUUAGUGAUAUCGAUGCAACUUGUUGAGUUACAUGGCGGCAAAUUAUACUGUAAGAGUCAAAAGGGUGUUGGCUCAGCCUUUUACUUUACUGCAAAAUUUACAAUACCACCUGACUCGACCAUGCCACGUCCACAAACCCCAACAUCCGAAGUAUCAAAUUCACCAUUUUUCCGCUGUAGUAAGGUUUCAGUCCAAGUCUCAUCUAAACAUAGUUCGGACAGCAUAAUUACGCCACCCUCAUCAGGAAAUUCUUUACCAUCAUUUAAUAAUAUCCUUGUUAAGCCAACAACAAUUGAUUUACCUCGUACUAAAUGUGUGCUUAUUGUUGCCGACUUAUCAAAUUCUCGUAAAGCCAUAGUUCAUUAUGUUUGUUCGAUUCUUCCAAAAACACCUGUACCCGAGAUUGACAUUGCUAAUGAUUACGCCGAAGCUUAUGAAAAAAUCAGCAAUUUAAAAUUUUAUUCGCACAUUUUGAUAAAUUUAGUUUCACAAUCACACGUGAUCUCACUUGCAUCAACCAUCAAACAUUCAAAUCACUUAUCACUAACAGCGACUGUGAUCUUAACUACACAGAUACAACGUGCUGGUAUAGUUGAAGGGGCACAAGGUGAAUUUCCAGAACAUGUUGAUUUUAUUUUCAAGCCAUUGAACAGGAGUAAAAUGGAGGGGUUGUUUGAUGAUACGACCACUUUCAGAGAUAGUUUCUUGAAGAGAAGAAACACACAUAAGGUUGUUGCUAGUCAAAAAGAAGUUUUUCAAAGAAUGGCUGAAGAUGUUGGCGAUCGAGGAUAUAAAGUUUUAUUGGUAGAAGACAAUUUUGUAGGAUUAGAAGUAACUGUAGCUGUUAAUGGUGAUCAAUGUUUAGAACAAUUUUUUUCGCAUCCUCAUAAUUAUUUUUCUUUUAUUUUGUGUGAUCUGUUUAUGCCCAAAAAAGAUGGUUAUGAAACAACGAUCGAGAUUAGAAAAUGGGAAGCUGAAAAUUUAAAAGAUUUAGAUGACGACACACCAAUCCCAAUAAUAGCAUUGUCAGCAAAUGUAAUGUCCGAUGUUGUUUCAAGAUGCUUAAAAGUAGGAUUUACAGAUUAUGUCAGCAAACCUGUAAAUUUUGCAAUUCUAAGUAAUGUAAUAAGAAGCAUAUUGAAACUUGAUAACAAAAAUGUAACAACUAAAUAA